UUCUUCUGUCGAGCGCGCGCGCCGCCGCCGUUAGGCUGUUGGCCCUGCGGGGAAAAUGGCGUCGCUGCUGCCGCGCAUUGAGCGGCUCUCUUCGCGGGUGGUGCGCGUGCUGGGCUGUAACCCGGGCCCCAUGACCCUGCAGGGGACCAACACCUACCUGGUGGGGACCGGGCCCAGAAGGAUCCUUAUUGACACGGGAGAGCCAGCUAUCCCUGAAUAUAUUGGCUGUUUAAAACAGGCACUGACUGAGUUCAACAUCUCAAUCCAGGAAAUUUUAGUGACACACUGGCACCAUGAUCAUACUGGAGGCAUAUCUGAUAUUUGUAGGAACAUCCACAAUGAUUCUGAAUAUUGCAUAAGUAAGCUUCCACGCACUCCUCAUCGUGAGGAAAUAAUAGAAGGAGAAAAGCUAAAGUAUUCAUAUCUGAAAGAUGGAGAUGUGUUAAAAACUGAGGGAGCCACUCUCAGAGUUUUAUAUACACCUGGGCACACUGAUGAUCAUAUGGCUUUACAUCUAGUGGAAGAAAAUGCUAUAUUUUCUGGUGACUGUAUUCUAGGAGAAGGGACAGCAGUAUUUGAAGACUUGUAUGACUACAUGAAAUCACUGGAAAUGCUGUUGCAAAUGCAAGCUGACUUAAUAUACCCUGGACAUGGCCCAGUAGUACAUGAUGCAUGUGCUAAAAUUCAAGGAUACAUUUCUCACCGAAAUGCACGUGAACAACAAAUCCUAAAUGUUUUGCAGGAGAACGCUGGAAAAUCAUUUACAUCAGUGGAGCUUAUAAAGAUUGUAUACAAGGUAAUUAUAGUUAAAAUGUUAUUAAAUUGAACUGAAGA